AUGCGGCCGCGGAAUCAGCGCUGUAUGACGCCGCAGGAGGCAGCGGAGCAGUCGAUCUCGACCCUCGGCUGCGGCUUCGACCUCGCCGACGACAUCCAUCUGUCCCGUUACAAGCGCGGCCCCGCCGGCGCGCGUCUGGUUCAGCUCGGCGACGAUGGCACCGGGGACCUCGUCCUUCCCGGCGGGGUGGUCGUUCGGGGAGUUCCGAGCUCCGUCAGGUGCGACAAGGGAGAGCGAGCUCGCUUCCGUUCCGACGUCCUCCCGUUCCACCAGGUGCCUUUCUCCAUGACUCCAUUUCGCAAUCGCUCAUCUGACUUAUCGUCUUCUACCUCCAAUUCUUUUCGGCCUACACCCCUCUGAUCGCUUCGCUUGCCAGCAGAUGGCGGAGCAGUUCAACCGGGGCCUUUCCUUAGCCGGCAAAAUUCCUUCCGGUAUGUUCAAUGCGGCGUUUGAUUUCCGGGGAUGCUGGCUGAAGGAUGCAGCGGCAACGAUGAGCCUCUCCUUUGAUGGCUGGGUUAUAGCACUUUACAGCGUUGUGCUGGAAAGGCACCAUCUUGAGCUGCUGGACCAUGUAAAGCAAGAUGUGCCUCCCUCAUGGGAUCCCGCUGCGUUGGCAGGGCAAGUUCCCCCCCCCCCCCCACACCCCACACACAAAGAUUGCCAUUGAGAGCCUCUGUUUGCCUGCAAAUUUUCAGCUGAAGUUGAUGAUUUUUUUUUCACUUUCUGCCAAUUUAAUCCGCUCUCAGGUUUAUUGAGAACUAUGGCACACAUGUAAUCGUUGGAGUCCAGAUGGGCGGAUCGGAUGUGAUCCAUAUCAAGCAGCAGUACGGAUCAGCUCUUCUUCCCCAUGAAGUUCAGAACUUGCUGAAGGCCUUGGCCGAUGAAAGAUUCUCAGAGGGUGCCCAUAAAGGGUCAUCCACGGAUAAGCGCGACGAGCUUAUGAAGGUGAUGGUUUCUCAGAGCGACUGCCAUCAUGAAAGAGUAUUAUGGAUGAUGUGGGCCUCACCAGUUAGCUAUUCUGAGGCUUAAUCCCAUCUCUUGGGAAGGUUUUCCCGUUCAAUCUCUCUUUCAGAACCUAUGCUCCUCUGAAAAAGGGCAAGAGGGUGCUCUGGUCACCUGAUCAAAAAAGGUGGCGCCUAAUCUCGUGGUUUCAUUUGACUUCUCUACUGCAUGGCUAUCAAAAGUUAGUGAAGUCGGUAGAUUACAUUGCCUGGAUUUCUAUGGCUCUCGGAACUACCAGAAACCCAUAUUUGUGACCAUGAUUUCAGUGACAUAUUCUGCGUGCUCAUGAAUACAUUUCCACUUUGUUAGUAAUAUGGGUAGACAAAAAAAUGGAUUUUUUCUUCUAUUACUUGGAAAUUAUUGAUCUCAAAUCUAGCUUUCCAUCUUCGCUCAUAAAAUAUGCGUUCUUCUCUUGCUUCCUUUUCUGCCAAUUUUUCUUCCAUUUUGAGAUGUUAAUUGAUGAUUUUCUUGCCUAUGAGCUUUUGUUACUAUGACAAAGGAAACCCGACCACUAGAUCCGUUUGAUUUUAUCCAAUCGUUAUACAUCUAUAAUUAUUUUCCUAAAUGAUUGCUUGAAUAUAUACCCAAAUCCCCAUCACCUUUGCACACGUACAGUCAAUUCAUUGGUCGAGAAAUUGGCAUCCAGGCAUAGCGUUAGCUUGAGCACUGCCAGCUUAUGCGCCAAGGACCUUAAUGUGAUCUCUAUCUAGAAUAAUUAGGACAUCCUUGUGAUCUCUAUCGAGAAUAAUUAAAAUUAAUUGCGAAUAUGCAGAAUUUUGUGCUCAACUGGGAAAUGACUUGAACUCGUCCUUUUCAUCUUAUAGACCAUGAAAGAAGAGAUGCAGGAAUGCAAUCCAGUCACGAAGGCCAUCAAGCUACCCGUCAUGUUGAAGAAUGUGAGUAUUCAAUGAUCAACGGCCAUAUUAUUUUAGUCUAAUCCCAGCAUGGGUCGUUUCCAACAGAUUAGCUAUCCUCCAUCUUCCCCUUCUGCAGAAUAUUGUACGUAUACACGUCAUAAGGGGAGGUCUUGACACUAAUCAGAGUCAUAACGACUGGCUAUCUACGGUCUCUGAGGCUCCUAAUGUGGUUUCAAUGUCCUUGGUGCCUAUAACUUCUCUCCUAAAUGGUGUCAGCGGCAGUGGUUUCCUCAGCCAUGCUAUAAAUUCAUAUCUUCGCUGUACGUAUUUCCAUUCCUCCUGAUGACGGCCUUCCUUGAUGCUUCCAUGGGCCUAUCUCCUUGGAUAAAUUACUGUUCUAAACAACAUCGUGUAAAGCCAAUUUUAGGCGUCGAUUAUUAACAAAACCUGCCCACCUGCCACUCGAUUCAGCUUUUUUUGCAGAGACUGUCUACAUUUCCAACAUGAAUUUUGGGGUGACUGCUUUUGUUUCCGAAAUUCAAUAAAUGCAUGGCUCUGUAACUUUCAAAGAGAAAAGUUGAGCUGGAAUCUGGUUUUGGAGAUACUUUGCAUAAACCAAAGGGAUUUAAAAAACCCAUCAUCAUUGAUGCAUACAGAAUUAUCGCCGUAUCUUUGCCUCUGACCUAGAUUUUUGGAGGGGCAGCUUUGAAUGACGGGGGCUCUCCCUGUUGAAGAUAGUGCUCGUUUAAUCUCAUCCAAGCAGAGAUUUCUAUGCCAGUUCUUUAAUUUUUUUGGCCGGAUGUGUUGAUGUUACUGGUUGUGAAUUUUUUUCUCUUCCCAGAUAAGCCACCAAUCAAGGAACUUAAACAUUUUUUGGAGUUCCAGUUGCCUAGGAAAUGGGCUCCCGCAUUCAAUGAACUACCACUUAGGAUUCAGUGGAAAAGAGACGGCUUCCCCUCACUAAAGCUUGGAUGGAUGGGGCCCAAGAUUUCUGUUAACACGAUCCCGGUAAUAUUCUCAUUCACAGACUUCGGUUCCAGUUACCCUCACCUUAGAUAGACCACUUAGGUUCAACUGGUCGAAGAUUGGUGAUCAUCUACUGCAAGAACCCACCUAGAUCUCUUAACCUUUGGAAAUAAUGUGGAUUGAAGUAAGUAUCUUAUAUUCAUCACCCAGAAUCUUCAGAGAUUAGGACUCUUCUACAUGCAGGUUGAAUCCGGGAACUGCCCGGUGACAGGGAUGCGGCUAAAUCUGGAGGGUAAGAAGAACGACUGCUUGGCGAUUCAUCUGCAGCACCUCACCGGGCUCCCCAGCUUCCUCCAGCUCUCCGGCGACAGCUUCCACGACGACGAUGCCCUACAGUCAAGUGACCACCAUGUGCCCAUCAGGUGGGCACCGCUGUCGCAUGUGUGCACCGCUCCGGUCCAGCACAGCCGAAUCCACAUCGACGAGCUCGCACACAUGGUGACCAAGGCCUGGUUGGAGGUGAGGGACAUUGGCCGCAAUAAGGUCCUCUUUCUUCGGCUCGGGUUCUCUGCAUUGGCCUCAGCGAAGAUCAGAAACUCUCAGUGGGGAGGGCCAGCUAGUGCCGUCAGAAAAUCCAGCUAUGUUCCAGAUCAAAUCAGUGGGAGGUCAAGCACUGCCCAGUCUCUGACCCCAACCCCAGGGCCAGAGCUCAACUCCGCCAUAUUCCCAGGCGGGCCCCCGGUGCCAGCUCAGGCUCCACGGCUGUUCGGCGUCAUUGACACCACAGAGAUGGUCAGGGGCCCAGAGGAGCCUCCAGGAUACUGGAUCGUCACGGGAGCCAAACUCUGUGUGGAUGAUGGGUGUAUAUCCCUUCGGAUCAAAUAUUCUCUACUGACGUCGAUCUCCGAAAGUGUGUAG